UCCGUCCUGGGAAGCCCCCGUCUAAGGGUAAAGCACACUCUUUCUCAAGGAAGAGUCAGGAAUCCCCUGCAACGAGUACAUUUAAUACGUUUCUGUGAGGGCCCUAUGUCUGUGCAGAACAAGGGAGUGGGUGCCGAGGGUGCAAAGGAAAGCAGACCUCCCCACUUCAAAGAGAGGUUCACGGCGAUUUCAGAAUGGCGAGACUGUGGCGUCACAGGAUAUGACCGAGGGGCUGCAGAAGCCGCACCUCACACACACCACACUCACCUGGAGAGCUCUCCUCAGUUCCCCCAGCAAUUCCCAGGGACACCCACCUUCUAGAACUGCCGUUUCGUGCCGCCUUCCUAGCUGGCUGCUCACAUGCCUGUCUCGCCCAUCUGACCACGGCACGUUCGUCUCCAAACCCUGGCCUGAGCUCAGGAAUUGUGUGGGGAAAGAAGGGAGCAGAGAAGAAAAGAGACAAUCCCCCUACCAGGCCCCGGACCCCAGCCCCCAACCCAGGAGCCGCCGUCUGGUCAGAGACCCCAGCUGAGCUGCCAGGGCUGGGGGACAUGGGGGACAAGGUGUGCUGAGCCUCCCCCAGCCCUCAAACAGUCCCUUUCCAUGUUGUUUGGGGGCAGAGUGGAUCUGUGAGUGGGCCUCGGGAGAAGCAGGUGAGGAGGCUGCAAAGAACUAUUAGGAAUCAGAAAGCCAGCCCUGGAAGACUCCUGGAGAGGGAGGGAAAGGCUGAUUUUAGCCACAGGCACCAGGAGGCAGGAGCCAGCAGCAGGGAGCGGGAGGACUGCACUCUCCGAGGGGAUGGGGGGGGGGGCCAGAGGUGGGUGUGUGCCUGGAGACGUCACCCUGGGCUUUAUAAGGGCCGUGAUCAGGGCGCCAGUGAGCGUGAGCCCAGGAGCCCAGCUCGCCUCCCUCCAGGUGCCCUACUGCCCAAGCGGUGCCAUCACUCCGAGACCCCUCAGGACACAGCCAAGGCAAGGGCACUUCCAGGACCUGCAUCUUCUCACCAGGAUGAACCUGCUGCUUUCCUGGCAGCUGAUGCUUCUCCUUUGUGCCACCUCCUUCAUGGAGACAUUAGAAAAGGUGGUGCCCAUGGAGAAUCCUAGAACCACAGGCUCGCAGCUCGGACCCGCGACGCUCCAGGCGCCCUGGGAGCAGAGCCCGCGGUGCGCGGCGGAGAAGCCCGCAGCAGCCGGGCCUCGGCCUCGGGGGGCCGCGCUGUGCCCUCCUGACAGCUCCGCGGGCCCCCAGCGGCCGGGCCCGUGCGCCCCCCGCAGCCGCCUGAUCCAGGCCCCGAGGGGCGCGGUGCUGGUGCAGCGGGAGAAGGACGCGUCCGCCUACAACUGGAACUCCUUUGGUCUGCGCUACGGCAGGCGGCAGGCGGCGCUGCCCGGGGGCCGCGGCGCCGCGCGGGGCUGAGCGCGGAGGUGGGGCCUUCACCUCCAGGCCCACCCGGGCCGGAGCGGGGCGGGCAGGGCAGGGCUGUCGACCUGCAGUUUGUGUCCUGAAGCAAUAAAGGAAAU